AUGUCAUCUUCCACGACCGGAUCCCUUCGAUCCCAGUAUAAUGGAAUUUGUCAGGCAAACCGGAGGCCGCUUAGAUGUACUAACGCGAAACGCAACAAGGAGUUGACCUACUUAUCGGAUGAUGAAUGGCUCCACGUAAAUCGAACGGCCAUUGCUGCUACGGGUCUAUCACUGGCUUGCUUCUAUAGAUGUUACGAUCGACUCGAUGGUGAUGACAUCCAACUGCAGUACACCGAAUGGAUACAGUUAAAUAACCAAACACGCCCUGGCUGUGAAUUCAUAGAGACGUACUGUAAAAAGACAACCUUUCCUGGGACCACCGUCUACUACAACAACCAUAACCAAGUGCUCCGACGGAACCUCUCAUCGACAGUCGCCGACACCGGCGGCAGGAAAAGCGUCAUCGUAAUCGUAUUCGAUUCGAUGUCUCAUUCGAAUUUCAUUCGGAAUAUGCCAAAGAGUUUGAAGGUUCUGAAGUCGUUGUACAAAUCGCACAUAUUCGACGGAAUGAGCAAAAAUUCGUUCUUAUUCGUACUGGGAGAUCAUGGCCAUCGUUUCGAUUCGAUUCGCCGAACUACCAUAGGACGGAUCGAGGAGCGUUUUCCCUUCUUUUCCAUGCACAUACCAGAUGAUCUUCAACGGAAAUUUCCACGACUCAGCAAGACAGUCGAAGAGAACACACAGGUGCUGACGUCAUUCUGGGACUUUUACGCGACAAUGCAAGACAUUCGGCAACUCGGUCAAUCUAAUAAAUGGGAACAUCUCUAUGGAAAUAGAACUGGUUCCCGUGCAAACGUUUUCAAGAAAGGAUUAAGCCUACUUCGACCAAUAACGGAUCGAAACUGCAGAGAAGCUGGUAUUCCGGACGAGUUAUGCAUGUGCCGUAAUGAAGUCAUUGUGGACAUAAAUGAGAAUAUAGUUAGGCAACUUGCGAACGAGAUCAUACGCCAUCUAAACACCCUUCUGGCGCCAUCCGCUCAGUGUGCCAAGUUGACCUUGGCAAAAAUCCUACAUGCUACCGUAAUCGAAGACGAUGGCGACGCGAUCCGUGCUGAGACACAGUACCGGGUUACUAUUGAGGCAAAACCGUCAGGUGCCCUACUGGAGGCUCUACUUAAACACGAUCGGGCUCACGAUACCAUCAGUAUUUACCGUAACGUGAAUCGGGUCAACGCAUACGGUAAUCAGUCUACGUGUGUAUAUGAACAAGAGUUGAGAAAGUUUUGUUACUGUAUUUCUGGUCAGGACCAAUAG